UGGGAGGCAGAAUCUGUUAAGUACUUACACACACACACACACACACACAUCCAGCAAAGCUUUCGUCACUUGUUUUUGUUUCCUGGCUCCCCAGCUGCUCUGACCCUUCCCUCCCCUCUCUCUGUCUUUUCGCGGCUCUCCUCGGUCCACUCCAGUUCUCUCCUCUCCUGCCCUGUGGUUGUGUGUGUGUUUUUGGGUGAAGGAUGUGCUGUUCGUUUGGUUUCGCCAGGUCUCUGGGUCUGGCCCUGCUGCCGCUGGCCCUGUGCUGUAUCCUGGCCAACCUGCUGCUGCUGUUUCCUAUGGGAGAAACCACCUACAUUCAGGAGAACCGUUUGGCCAGCUACAUCUGGUACUUUGGUGGACUAGGAGGUGGAGGACUGCUGAUGCUGCUUCCAGCUGUUGUCUUCAUCACUCUGGGGAAAUGUAACUGCUGCUGGAACGAGAGCUUAAUAAUGUGCGGGUCUGUGCUGGCAGCUGUGGUCGGCCUGGUGGGCUCCAGCUACUGUUUCGUCAUGUCGGGGCUCACCCUGGUGCAGGGUCCCCAGUGCUUCACCUCCUUAGGUUGGACAUACCCCUUUGCAGACCAGGGGGGCAGGUAUCUGCUGCAGCCAGAGAUUUGGUCACAGUGUCUUCAGCCGGUUCACAUUGUAGAGUGGAACGUGACUCUUCUGUGUGUUUUGCUGGGUUUGGCCGUGCUGGAGUUCAUCAUCUGCCUCUUACAGCUGGGGAGCGGUUUAGUCAACGCCAUCUGCCGGCCCUGCUGCUAUAAGCAGGAGUAUAGUCUUAAUGCGUAGACAAAGACACACACACACACACCUGUAUGUACAUUCACCUGCACAGAAAUACUGUACAUGCAUGUGUCUGAGUGCAACACAACACACUAUUUCAACACACUCACACACGCACUGUCAUGGGCAUCUGGCAGCUGCAGUACAUCAGUCAUAUGUAACCACUGUGGCAAAAUCAAUCAUUAUGCAGUCACUGAUGACACCAGGAUAUUUGUCCAUAAUUUUUGUGUGUGUGUUCUUGUGUCCUAUCUACUACAUAGGAAUAGGAAGGUGUACUUUAUUUGUGGUAAAAGUGGUGAAAGAAAGCUAAGCACACCCACAUGUACAAAUAGUAAGAAAGAAUUGGAGCAACCUUGAUCAUAAUAAUAAUAAUUCUAAUAAUGAUAUGUAGUGUAGAGGACAAUAGGUUUUACUGAGGUCAUUGCACAGUUGUCACACAACUGUGUUAAACAUUGUACAUCUUAACUCCUUCUUGUGUCCUUCUGUAUUUGCUCUUAUUUUUAAAGAUGUAAAGUUAAAAUAGUGACAGCUGUUCAGUAAUUUCAUAGGUUACAAUGUCAAGGUUGCUCACUUUCUUUAUUAUUAUUUUACACUUUGUACUUUGUAUACCUCCAUCAGCUACAAUACCAGUGUUAUCAUAUGGACAGAGAUGAAAUUGCCUUGAAAAUCAAUGCUAUUAUACCAGUACACUUAUAAUUGUUGUGGACAUUUUACUGUCAAUAUUGAUGGUAUUCUUCCAAGGGCAAAUGAACAUUUCCAUAAUUAUUGUUUUGUUUUUGUUUUUGUUUUUUUUAAAGGUGCCACUUUGUCUGACGAUUCUCAUGAGGCACGUCGAAGUGUCCUUUCUGUUCUGUGUUAUUUUGUGGUUCCAACUUUUAUACAUUGUGUUGGGGCGACUCAUGGGUUACAAGCAAAUUUGUGCGUGUUUGUACAUUUGUUUUCAUUUUCACAGCAUUUUGUUGUAAAUUGUUUUCUGUAUGUCUUUCAGAUUCUAGUUCAGUGUUAACGGACAUUUUAUAUAUAUUUUAGUGACAUAUUUUUAUAAUGUACGUUUGUUUGUGCUGCCUUGAAUAAAAAAUAACAGUUUCCAUUUUA